CCUCCCCCACGCUGCUCGCACUGGCAAAUUUCACGGACUCUCACAAUCCAAACCCCAUUUUCUAUCAGGUCACUAAAUAGGAGUUAAGUGUGCGAAAGCCCCCCAUCCAACAUUAGCAGGAGCCAAGGUUGGUUAUUCUUAUCAGUCACCAGAGGAAUUGAUAUGUUAAUUAGUCUCCGAGGCAGAGAGGCGAGCCAGCAAAAGCUGUGAACGUCGUUCCAUAAAUUAAGACACCCCGAAUUACCCGCCACGCUCAUAAAGAAGCCAUGUCUUUGCUUUCCACAAUAUCCUCGUAAGUUAUCACAGCCAUCAGUUCCAUAAUUCACUAUAUCUGAUCAAGAUCUGGUCAGUUUGCGGAGCGAUGACAAGUAUACCGACUUGGAGAUCCGAUGCCAAGGAAAGGUGUUUAAUGUCCAUAAGGCAAUCGUUUGCAAGCAGGUAGAGUUCUUUGCAGCAUGUGUUGAUGGAAACUUCCAAGUAAGUCGGUCGCCGCUUCUAUGAUAGACGGUCAUUAAUCUUCAUGUUUGUUGCUAGGAAAGUCAGACCGGGGUCAUCGAAAUGAAAGAGGAUAUUCCCGAGAUUGUGGAUUGUUUCAUUGACUUUCUAUAAACCGAAGACUACACGGUGAAAACAAAAACUCCUGCCGUCGAGACUUCAGAGUCAACAAUUGAUUUGGACCGCUCGGAGUUGCUGCUUCACUCCUACAUGUACACCAUCGCCGAUAAGUAUAUGGUUGAGAAACUUUGUGCAAUAGCCGCCCAAAGAUUUAAGAGCGCAAUCUGGAAGGCCGGUGAAAAAGACCUGCAUACUUUUACCUCGGUCUUAAAGGCUGUAUUUGAAGGCUCGCCUGAAGACGAUAGAGUCUUCAAGGAUUUAUGUAUAGCGUUCUCUUGUGAAUGGUAUCGUAAACUUGGCGAGAGGGAGGACUUUCGAAAUUUCUGUCGGGCAAAUGGCGAUGUCUGUCUAGAAAUUCUGGAUAAGCAGAGUGCUUUGAAGGAGCUGGCAUUCAAAUCUUGUGCUGAAGCUGCUAAGCAAUCAAUUGCGCCGUGUCAGAAGUGCAACCCACCGCAGUUUCCUGCAUUUCAUUUCGGCGACAGCCAGAACAAUGUGAGAGCGCCGAGAUCCACGAACAUAUUUGGACCACCUGAAGGGCUUGGCACACGGAAUGGUACAAGUAUCUUUUUAAGAACGACAUAA